GCGGGAAUAAUUAGGUAAGGGGGUAGGUGUAGGCAAGGAGGAGCGUUGGAGAAGUGGUGAUAGGGGUGAUGCGGCCCUUACUUCCUCGCUGGGUCGAUGCUCGUGCAACCCUUCUCCAGAACUAUCUUAUAUAAAGUUUGUCUUCUCCGAUGUGAGAAGAAGAAGUUUUUCCAGAAGCUCUCAUUAUCAUAUCACCUCCAUAAAGCCGAAUACUUCCUCCAGCUAUUCUCCCAGUCUCACAUCAACUUUAUACAGCCAGCUCUCUUUCCAAAAACUCCCAACUCCACGCUCAAACUCCCUUAAAAACAACCCCUAAAACAACUCAAUCUCGAUUCUAAAAUGGCCAAGCUAUCCACCCACUCUUUCGCCCUCCUCGCUUUCGCCACAACCCUCAUCAGUGCUCCCGUAGCAGACUCCACCAACCCCCCCAGCCUCAAUUCCCUCAAUCUCACCACCCGCGCGGACCUAAACACCUGCAGCACCGUCCAACUAACCCGUUCCAACAUCCUCUUGGGAAUAAACUACCUCAUCUCUCUCGGCAACACGCCCUGCGUCGUCGGACAAGAAAGCGUGGUCUUCGUGACGAAGGGGGAUGUAGCGAUCACAGGGUAUAAUGGGCUUAUGGGCGGGGAAACGUCGGCGCCGUGUCAUGAUGUGGGAAUCGCGGCGAGGUGGAUUAUGAAUCAUUGUGCGUUGGCGCCGUUGGCAUUUGGGGGGACGACGACGGCGAUUGGGAAGAAGGAGGUGGUUAUUCGGGUUAGGAAGGCGUAG